AUGGCAGACUCCACCACUCAUCCGGUGGGCGACAACCCAUUCCUCAAACGAGCCUAUGCGCUCUCCAGCGCGGCCGACGCACGCGAUCUCUACAACGAGUGGGCAUUGGAGUACGACAAGGAUCUCGAGGCGGAGGAGUACGCCGCCCCGAGGCUCGCCGCGCAGGCGUUGGCGGAUGCGUUCGACGGCGACCGGCGAGGCGAGGCCGCCCGGCUGAGGGGCCUCCAGAUCCUGGACGCGGGCUGCGGGACGGGGCUGGUGGGCGUCGAGCUCGCGCGGUUCGGCGCCCAAACCGUCACGGGCCUGGACAUCAGCCCGGGCAUGCUGGCGGUGGCGCGCGGGACGGGCGUCUACGGCGCGCUGGAGCAGGCCGACCUGUCGGCGCCGCGUCCGAUCGCGAAGCCCGACGACUUCUUCGACGCCGUGCUCUGCGUGGGUACCCUGACGCGCGGGCACGUGGGACCGCAGGUGGUCGAGGAGUUUGUCAGGGUCGUGAAACCGGGAGGAUGCAUCGUCGCCACCGUGCUCGACGACAUCUGGGAGAGCGCCGGGUUCAGCGCCGAGGUCGAGCGCUUGAGGGCUGCUGCCGCUGGUGCCAGCAGGAUCGAGGUCUUGCGGUCGGAGGUGGUGGGGUUGAGAUCGACGACCAAUGUUGGCGGGAGGCUGCUGGUGCUUCGAAAGGUGUAGAUAUCUUGGACGAGGUUCUAUUGUCGGGUUCGCCCUGGGAAGUCCAGAAGACUGCUGUGUGUGUGUGUGUGUGUGUGUGUGUGUGUGUGUG